GACGGCGGGACGGCAGGGCGCGGGCGCCGCGGGCCGGGACGCGCCAGAUGAUGGAUUUGGAUGUGCUUCUGUGAAGAAAUGCCACGUGUCUCUACUGGUCCAAGAACGAACAUGUCCAGACUACUGCCACCUUAGGGGACUAGGGCUUGGUGACAGCGCUUCCCGGGGAAUCAGGCGUGGUCUGACCCAGGAACAGGAAGCACAUCGUCACCAAUGACAUCAUGACAGCAAGAGAGCACAGCCCUCGCCAUGGCACCAGGGCCCGUGCGAUGCAGCGGGCUUCUACCAUCGAUGUGGCAGCCGACAUGCUUGGCCUCUCUCUGGCAGGAAGUAUACAGGAUCCAGAUGAGCCCAUUUUAGAAUUCAGCUUAGCUUGCAGUGAGCUGCACACGCCGUCGCUAGAUCGAAAACCAAAUAGCUUCGUAGCAGUGAGCGUGACCACCCCACCCCAGGCGUUCUGGACGAAACACGCGCAGACGGAGAUCAUUGAGGGAACCAACGAUCCUAUAUUUCUAAGCAGUAUCGCCUUCUUUCAAGACUCCCUCAUCAAUCAGAUGACACAGAUCAAGCUCUCCGUGUAUGAUGUCAAGGAUAGAUCUCAGGGAACAAUGUACUUGCUGGGCUCUGGAACAUUUGUCGUCAAAGAUCUGCUCCAGGACAGGCGUCAUAGGUUGUAUUUAACACUAAGGUCUGCGGAGAGCGACCGUGUGGGCAACAUCACCGUGAUGGGCUGGCAGAUGGAGGAGAAGUCAGACCAGCGGCCCCCCGUGACCCGGUCUCUGGACACCGUCAACGGGAGGAUGGUUCUGCCUGUUGACGAGAGCUUGACCGAGGCCUUGGGAAUCCGAUCCAAAUACGCUUCGUUGCGAAAAGACACUUUACUGAAAUCGGUGUUCGGCGGUGCCAUCUGCCGCAUGUACCGGUUCCCGACCACCGAGGGCAACCACCUGCGGAUCCUGGAGCAGAUGGCAGAGAGCAUGCUGUCCCUGCACGUGCCCCGGCAGUUUGUGAAGCUCCUGCUGGAGGAGGACGCGGCCAGAGUGUGUGAACUGGAGGAGCUGGGGGAACUGUCCCCUUGCUGGGAGAGCCUCCGGCGCCAGAUCGUCACUCAGUACCAGACCAUCAUCCUCACGUACCAGGAGAACCUGACCGACCUCCAUCAGUACAAAGGUCCCUCGUUCAAGGCAAGCAGUUUGAAAGCAGAUAAAAAGUUAGAAUUUGUUCCCACAAACUUACACAUACAGAGGAUGAGAGUUCAGGACGAUGGAGGAUCAGAUCAGAACUACGACAUUGUCACCAUCGGAGCGCCAGCAGCACACUGCCAAGGCUUUAAGUCAGGAGGUCUCCGCAAAAAGCUGCACAAAUUUGAAGAGACCAAGAAACACAGUUUUGAGGAGUGUUGUACGUCGUCCAGCUGCCAGUCCAUCAUCUACAUACCACAGGACAUUGUCAGAGCCAAGGAGAUCAUUGCCCAGAUCAACACCCUGAAAACCCAAGUGAGUUACUACGCAGAGAGGCUCUCGAGGGCGGCCAAGGACAGGUCUGCCACUGGCCUCGAAAGAACACUCGCCAUCUUAGCAGACAAGACCCGGCAGCUGGUCACCGUGUGCGACUGCAAGCUGCUGGCCACCUCCAUCCACGGGCUGAACGCGGCCCGGCCCGACUACAUCGCCUCCAAGGCCUCGCCCACCUCCACUGAGGAGGAGCAGGUGAUGCUGAGGAACGACCAGGACACCCUCAUGGCCAGGUGGUCGGGCAGGAACAGCCGGUCUUCCCUGCAGGUGGACUGGCACGAGGAGGAGUGGGAGAAGGUGUGGCUGAACGUGGACAAGAGCCUGGAGUGCAUCAUCCAACGGGCCGACAAGCUGCUGCAGCGGGAGCGCCUGCAGGGCGAGGGCUGCGACCACAGCCUCCCCGGCACCGGCAGCUGCGCAGGAAGGAAAGGUAACCGGGGCAGCCAGGCCUACUGGAUCCGACCGGAGGACCCCCUCUGCGACGCGCCCCCCUCGCCAGGCCCCCCCACCGCAUGCCGCCCUCACCCGACCACACAUUGCAGUCCCCCUCCUGAAGAGUCCAGCCCAGGUGAGUGGAGCGAGGCCCUGUACCCCCUGCUGACCACCCUCACGGACUGCGUGGCCAUGAUGAGCGACAAGGCCAAGAAGGCGAUGGUCUUCCUGCUCAUGCAGGACAGCGCGCCCACCAUCGCCACCUUCCUGAGCCUGCAGUACCGCCGCGACGUGGUCUUCUGCCAGACGCUGACCGCGCUCAUCUGUGGCUUCGUCAUCAAGCUGAGGAACUGCCUGCACGACGACGGCUUCUUGCGGCAGCUCUACACCAUCGGGCUGCUCGCCCAGUUUGAGAGCCUGCUGAGCACCUACGGGGAGGAGCUGGCCAUGCUGGAGGACAUGAGUCUUGGGAUCAUGGACUUGAGGAACGUGACCUUCAAAGUCACUCAGGCUACUUCUAAUGCAUCAACCGACAUGCUGCCCGUCAUCACAGGAAAUCGGGAUGGCUUUAACGUGCGGAUCCCCCUGCCGGGGCCCCUGUUUGACGCCCUGCCCCGGGAGAUCCAGAGCGGGAUGCUGCUGCGGGUGCAGCCUGUGCUCUUCAACGUGGGCAUCAACGAGCAGCAGACGCUGGCCGAAAGGUUUGGCGACACGUCUUUGCAAGAAGUUAUCAACGUGGAGAGCUUGGUGCGGUUAAAUUCCUACUUCGAGCAGUUUAAGGAGGUUUUGCCAGAGGAUUGCCUACCUCGAUCUCGGAGCCAGACGUGCCUGCCGGAGCUGCUGCGGUUCCUGGGUCAGAACGUGCACGCCAGGAAGAACAAGAACGUUGACAUUCUCUGGCAAGCUGCUGAGAUCUGCCGCCGCCUCAAUGGGGUGCGGUUCACCAGCUGCAAGAGCGCCAAGGACCGCACAGCCAUGUCGGUGACACUGGAGCAGUGCCUGAUCCUGCAACACGAGCACGGCAUGGCCCCGCAGGUCUUCACGCAGGCCCUGGAGUGCAUGCGCAGUGAGGGUUGUCGAAGAGAAAAUACAAUGAAGAAUGUUGGAAGUCGCAAAUAUGCGUUUAAUUCCCUGCAGCUGAAGGCUUUCCCCAAGCAUUACAGGCCUCCUGAAGGGACUUACGGCAAAGUUGAAACAUGAACACACGGUUUCCUCUAAUUAGCUGUUAUGUAAUAAAUGUGGGUACCCUCUAGUGUCAUAUAUGAAUUCUUCAAGAAGACCUGAAGGACUGGUUUUUACUUUUAUGUUUUUAAAAACUAUUUCACUAAAGAGUCUAUAGAGCAUGUUUUUUGCGUUGGAAUCCAUAGCAGGUAAUGUUGGGCUCACUAGUGUGGAGAGUUAACAACUGCCCAUUUAAACAGCCUUCAGCCAUAACCACACAGAUAUCAACAGUUACCUGUAUGAAUCAAGCCAGGUGCGUCUGAAAUGCUAAGACUUUCUAAAACGCCCACUUAGGCAGCUGCUCACCUAACUUAUUUUUCUACUGAGUAACUCAAAAUUGAGCAUUGAUUUACAAUCUACUUUUUAAAAAUCUCCAUGUAAAACAGUAAAUAAUAGUUUAAAUGAUUGGAUCCCGGGCAGACCACUAAAUGUUAAAUGUUAAGGGAAGUUUUGGGGAAAGACGCUCGCUCUCUCAUGCGGCCAGGGCGAGUGCUUCUGGGGCAUCAGCCUGCCUGCAACAGCACGGGUGGAAGUAAAGGCUGAUAAAUCAGCCUGAGAUAAGACUUAUUAGAAGACAAUACCUGCAAAGCCGCCCACACAGUAGGGGCCACCCCUGUCCCUUAAAGAACAGGGUGUCUGCUCGAGGACAUGAGGCCAGCUGGCUCCUGUUGCCUUAUGCCCCGUGUGUAGUCCACGGCCCCAGGGCACGUCUCCCCUUCUUCCCCGGCUCCAGGGCACGUCUCCCCUUCUUCCCCGGCCCCAGGGUACGUCUCCCCUUCUUCCCCAGGUCAGGACCUCGCACGUGGUAUUGUCUGAUGCCUCUCAGUCAACAACGGGGGAUUUUGAAUAGAGAUAGUGGAAGCCUAAAUAUUUUCAAAAUUGAUGUCCUCUGGUGGGUUUCCCAAUUUUUUGUCUUCUAGAAGACAAUACAAUCAUGUUUGAAUGUCUGAUGAAAGUGUCUUUUAGGUCUGCAAUAAUUGUUACUACUCAUUCUGUUAUGUAAGAUGGCCACUGAGGAAGUUGAGAUAUCUCCUAAAAUGAGAUUUUGAAAGGGAUUAAUGGACCAUAAAACUUAGGAAUUUCAUAGAAAAUUAUGUCUGGUCAUCUAUUAUAAGGUGAUGAGUCAUCUGCACAGAGCAGAGUUUUUUCUUUAUAUGUUUUUAUCAGUUGUUUUUAUCAGUACGUUUACAUGUUAUUUAAAAGGCUGUAAAAGAAAUGUAUGUGGCACAUAGUCCUGAUACUGAUCCUAAUGACUUGUGAACCCUUAGGAAGCUCCUUUAUCUAAAAUUCUAAAUGCUAUUCUUUGGGCUUCUCUAGAAAUGCCACUUGGAAACACGUAACAGGCUUGGGCCUGGGGAGCUGAAGCACGGGCAAGACCACCCCUUGGCAGGGACAGAGGGUGGGCAUCAGGUAAGGGUGGAACCAGGUGACCUUUCAGAUCCUUUCCUCCUCAGAAGUCAGUGCACACCUGGAGCCUGCUGUCUCCUGACGCCCACUGGUGAGUGUGAACUGGUGUGGAGGGUGAGUCGGUGAGGGACCCUUGGUGCUCACCAACCCCUGCACAGCUGGGUUCACUGUGGAGGGCGGAGGCGGAGAAACUUGUCCUGCAAGCCCACUGCACAGGUGGCAGCAGGUGGUGUCAGAUUCUCCUGCUGUGUCGAUCCAUGUGCAAAGACAGCUUCCAGUAUGGCUGAUUUAGUCUUUCACCUCCACCAUUUCAUUUAAUUUGUCAUUUUCUAGUAUCUAUAUAUUUCCAUCUUUACUCAUUUUAACAUUUUUUAAAACUCCCUUGUAUUUUUAAUGUUACUCAUACAACUUUCAGAUUUUUUUUUUUUUUUUUUGGUCUGAAGAGCAUUACCUGCAUUUACCAAAAGGGAAUAUAGCAAAUGUUGUCCUCUGUUAGCGGUUUUGCAUGUGGCACCUUUAUGUGAAUAUUUUCCUAAUUUUGGCUUCAUGUUGGAUCACCAUAAAAGUCAAAGACUUGGCUAAUCACGUAGAAAAUAUUCAGGUUUCAGUAUUCCACCUGAGCGUUACUCCCCCGCUCCUGUGCGGUAGUCAGUCUCACGGCGGCACUGCGCGAUUACAAAGCUCGUUGAGUGGGGGCCACAUUGCCCAUCGUGGUGGCUGCAAGUACCCAGGUCACACGGGAGCUUUGAGUUUUCAGUUGGAGAAGGAAGGCAGUUGUACAGGUUCCCGUAAAAUAGAGGUUCCAUCAAGUGCUCCUUAUAUAAGGCACCCAUUUAAAAAGAAACGUUGAGACACUGAAAGCUCAGAUGUGACGUGGAUUCUGUGAAAGCGUCUGCAGCACAGUUGCCUUUGGUUUCCUUUAAAAACGUACAAAUACUGUAUAAUAACAGUUUUGUCCCUACACAAUUGUAUUUGCCAGGCUUAGUGCAUUAAGGUACUUUUAUUUAUUUGUUUUGGACAGUAUUAAUAUAUAUAAACAUAUAGUUACCGUUUUAUAUAUUCUUAGCUCAUUCAAAGCCAUGUAUGCUGUAAAUGUGCUAGUCUUUAGAAUGACAAUAAACAGCUAACGAGAUCA